AUGGCGACUGGAACAUAUGCCAAUGGCAAUUUUGUAUCAGAUACCGCUGCUAGUGCGGCAAUGGACGAUCUGGUUGGUGCCAUCCACCACUGCCUUUCAGAUGUACAAACCGACGGAUCAUUUGCAGUGUUUUCGCCAUUGGAUAACGCACCCAAUCCAGGUAUAUAUCUCCAAAAUGGAGGUGUCGUAGGACUUCCUUUAUCGGAGCGCGAUGCCCAUGCAAUCGUCGCAGCAAGUCAUGAGGCUCCAUUUGGUAAAGGAGAGCAGACUAUCAUCGACAAGAGUGUACGCAAGACUUGGGAACUGUCUCCUGACGACUUUGAGUUGAGGAAUCCGGCUUGGAUGUCAUUUAUCAGAUCUACCGUAACUGCAGUAGGUGUUGGUCUCGGUAUUGGCGCUUGUGGUAGAGGUGUUUCUGCUCAACUGUAUAAAAUGCUGCUUUAUGACGAAGGCGCACUUUUCAAACCCCAUCAAGAUUCCGAGAAAGUUCCUGGCAUGUUUGGUACCCUCGUUAUUGUUUUACCGUCAAAGCAUGAAGGGGGAGAGGUUAGAGUAACUCACGCGGGGGAAACGAAAUUAUUCGAAUCUUCCAUCCAUUCAGAAUUCGGAACCUCAUAUGCUGCAUGGUUCUCUGAUGUCACCCAUGAGGUGAAGCCUGUCCUUUCUGGCCAUCGGCUAGUCUUGACUUACAACCUUGUGCAUACCACGUUGGGCCCCCAACAACUAUCUGCUGGUGGUGAAGGUUCUUUGCUUCAGUUGAGAGCCACAUUCUCAAAGUGGAAAGAUGGGUUACAACAGGCUCACUGGAGAAGAGCCGUCGCUUAUCAACUUGAACACCAAUACACUGAAGCAAGUCUGCGAUUCGACAGCCUGAAAGGCAAGGACAUGCAAACUGGCUCGUUGCUCAAGCAAGUUUGUGAAGAGUAUGGAUUCUCGUUCUAUCUUGCAAAUUUCGAGAAGACCGUCGAAGGAGGCUGUGACGAGGAUGAAGAAACUGAUGAGGAUGGCAUGCAUCCCAUCACAGAGGAAUGUGAUACAAGUGCAACUUUGAAAAAAGUUGUAGAAUUGGACGGAACCGAAAUCGCUAGUGAUUUGGAAUUUGGUGAGAAGAACUUUACCACCGAGUUUCCUUUUGAGGACAUAACCCCUGAUGACGAGGAAUACUCUGGAUAUACUGGAAAUGAGGGCGUUUCAGCCACGCAUUUCUAUCGACGAACGGUGGCGCUGAUCAUGCCCAAAGAUUAUCGAGUUGAGUUUUUCCUUGAUCCUGCGAGGACCGUACCAAACCGCUCCAUCUAUGGUUUUUAUGGACAGCCGGAACCGGAACCGGAGAAGUCAUUGCUUCUAGUCUGGCAUGACCGCUUUGUGUACGAAUUGGUGACGAAUCCAUCUGAUGAUUCUGCUCGGGAGUACCUUGAGGCCGUUUGCCGAAUGGUUCCCCGACAACUGAAAUCUUGGCGGUUAAAGACAAGUCAUUGGCAUCAAAUCCCAGCUGACUACGAUUAUGGACCACCCAAAGACUACCAGUCAUCCAAAGCUCCUUUCUCCGAGAGGAUUGUGGAGCAAAUUCUCUGCACUACAUUGGAAAUUCUGGAUUCGAAAGAGUUGUUCUCGGAAGCUUUCUCAAUAUGGCCUGAAAAGGUAACACCGCAAAUGUUUGAGCAGAGUGGAAUAGCUUGGGUACGAUAUGAUUUAUCAUUGGGUGACAAGUUGUCUAUGCGGCUCGCCAAGAUCGAGUCACUUAAUGAUCGCUUCGAAAUCAUUAAAACUAUAGAGCUCGGAAUCACUUCAGAGUCGAAGCGUAGUAGCAAGGACAUAACUACACAAGAAGAAUGGAUUAAGUCGCAGAUCGUCAUUGCCUUGGUCGACUCGAAAAUGAAAACAGCACGGGAUGGUAAUACUCUGAGCAUGAUCGCUCAAAGACUACCCCCACAAGAUACAUUCCAGAGUACCCUGCCUGCUGUCAAGCGCCAAAUCACAUAUACUCCAAUGGCGUUAGCUUUUCUUUGCGGCCUAUUUGCUGCCUGCAGCACUGGUGUCAUGGCUAUGGACAUCGCACACAAGGUCUUUCGAGAUGUGAUUUCCGACCUCGCCAAAUAUUUCAAUCUCAAAGUCGAGGACCUUCUGAAAGCUACCAAGCCGGGCCUAGACAACCCUUACAUCAGAUCCGCGUCACUAAAGGGAAAUGAAGAGAUCGAUAGGCAGAAUAUUCUCAAUAUCACCCAAGUCAUGUCCAUAUGUCUUGACCUCGGUCUUGAUGAGUUCGACGAAAUUUGCACUAAAUUGACUGCAAAUGUCAAAGCUUCGCAUAUAAAAUGGUCGCACAUUGACGUAUUCGAGUCUUUUUACAUACCGUUAUUAAAGGAACUCUAUAGCAUAGUUCAAGGCAAAGCAGCACCUCCACCUCUCCAGACUCUAUUCCAAGAAACCUUAUCCAAAUACAUCGUCGAAUUCGUCCGCGCCGAACCCCCAUCAGCCAAGAAUUUCACACGGCCACGUAUUCCUUGCACGUACAAAAACCGCUGUAGGGGAUGCGACGACCUGAAUCGCUUCCUCAUCAACCCCAAUCAGAAAGAAUCCCGCUUCAUCGUAUCGCGACAGCUCGCCGGCCAUCUAGGAAGACAGCUACAGGGCAAGCCAGACUUAUCACAUAGCACGAGGCGAGAAAGCAAUACACAAGAAUCACUGACUAUCACCAAAACCAACACGACUUAUGUCAGUGAACACAACAAAUGGGCUGAACGAUUUGCGGUUGCGAAGGCGCAUAUACGGAGUAUGUUGGUGACGGAUGAGAUUACGCUUCGUGGAUUGCUUGGCCAUAAGUUUGAUAUGAUUCAAUCGCUUUCAGUGCCUGCUUUGGUGGCGGAUAUGUCGAGUCGACAUGAUCCUUUGGCUGCCAGUCGGAAUGCUUCGAAUUCCAGGGUUUUACCGCCUAUUACGAAAAGAAAGAUAUCUGCCUCUGCUGCAGCGAGUAGCGGGAUGAUUCCCACUAGGAAGUUAUUAUGA